AUGAUUGGUGGCUUGAACUGGCGGUAUGUUUACUUCCUCUCCUUGGGGUUGAAGUUCUAUUUUGCCCUCUCGGACUCCUACAUCCACCCGGAUGAACAUUUCCAGAACUUUUCGGUUCUCACAGGCAUGUACCGGUUCUUGCACUUUUCGACAUAUAUUCCAUGGGAAUUUACAGCGGAACAUCCGGCCCGGAGCUUUGCACCUCUUUUAGCGGUGUACGGUCCGAUUCUCACGGUCGUUUCGUACUUCAACACUGACGUGACGCCGCAGGUUCUCCUAUACUUGUUUCGUCUCCAAUUUUGUCUCAUGUCGUGGAUAGUUACAGACUGGUGUAUCCAUCGGUUAUUGCCAUCCAAGCCGGAACGUGUCAAGGCGCUUCUCUUUGUCUCCACCUCAUACGUCACCCUCACGUAUCAGAACCAUACCUUCUCCAAUAGCAUUGAAACGUUGGUCUUGAUGCCGUGUUUGGUGAUUAUCAAUCAAUUGAGGGAAGCGAUGGAGAUCAAUACGUCGAAGGAAACCAAUAAACACCGAAAGCUCUUCACCUUGGGCUGUUUAAUCGCCUUUGGGACCUUCACGCGCAUCACGUUCCCCGGAUUUUUGAUCCUUCCGUUAUAUUACGUGUUUCAGCACUUUCGCAUACACAGAUUAUCCGUUUCUUCUUGUGCACUCGGCUUUGGCCUCACUUCCUUCUUGGCUAUUCUCAUUGAUACCCACGCUUUCCAAUCCACGUCGUAUGUGAUCGCGCCGUUUAACAACUUGCUUUACAACCUUGACUACACCAACCUCUCGAACCACGGCAUUCACCCCCGAUACACGCACGUUUUCGUCAAUCUACCGCAAAUUCUCGGCCCGGGUCUUGUAUUUCUCGUUUAUCGCAACGGAUACAGAAAAACCACACCGUUUUUAGCUCUUCUUUCUGGGGUGCUUUGCUUGUCGGUGUUUCCCCACCAGGAACUCCGCUUCCUUGUGCCGUUGCUGCCCCUCGCAUGCUGUUGCUUCGACCUCCGGCCGUAUCCUGCCACUACUGUGAAGUACUUGCUCUACGCGUGGUACGCGUUCAACGCGCUUAUGAGCGUGCUCAUGGGUGUGUAUCAUCAGGGUGGGGUCAUUCCGGUGUUGGCCCAUUUGCGGGAAGAGAACUUCACCGGGGUGCAGAUCUGGUGGAGAACUUACAGCCCCCCAGAAUGGAUCUUGGGGUCGAAGAGCAUGACGAUUCUCAAGCCAGAGUCACUCCAAGGACUCCAAGCCUUAGACACCGGUGCUGACGUGCUUGUGGACUUGAUGGGGGCUGGUAUUGAGGAGGUGAAUGCCGUUUUAAGCAUCGCCAAGGAAAGGUUUGGUUCCGUUUUGCUCGUCACCCCUGUCGCUUCAUACAACACCAACACAUUUAGUGUGGCAUUGGAUCCUUCAUGGACAUACGCCUACCACCUUGAUAUGGACCAUCUUGACUUUGGCGACUGGAAGUCACUUUCGCCUGGUAUUUGCAUCUACAACUUGAUCUGA